CGUCACAUCAGUGGGAAUCCUGAAGAACCCAGGUAUGGCUGGAUGCUGCUACUCAGAUCUUCUUCUCUCUGUCAGUGGCCUGGUGACUCAUCUCAUUCUCCAGUUACAACAGCCAGAAGAAUAACUGUGAAAGGGAUGCUGUUUUAGUGGGGGUUAUAAACAGUGCUACAUCUAUCUAUGCCUCCAUCCCCAUCUUUGCAUCCUGGGAUUCAAGGCCCACACCAACUAUGUCACCUGUCGAAUGGGUAGGUGUGAUAAAAUGGACGUUUAUUUGGCAACAUUUGCUAAUCAUGAAACUAGUUUGCAGUCAAGUUGUUAAACCUUUAUAUUCUACCUUGUGUGUUUGAUAUCCUCUGAAAAAACAGAUGCAAACUCAACCAAAACAAAUGACCAAUAUGUUUCUCUUGAACUUACAGUAACAAUCUUAGCUCUGACCAAUGAGUUUGAUAUUAGCGACAUGAACAUAACGGUUGAAAACUACGAGCAGUGGUUUGACUCUUUAAAUGGGACACAUCCAUCUAGAGUAUCCGAUCUCAACCUGAAGACAUGCGACCUGCAAACCUUCUUGGAUCAGAGUGCGUCUGGUACUGGGUUAGCGUUCAUCGUUCACAGAAGCGGUGAUAUCGAUGCCUGGCUCUCAGGUGUGGGCUUGCUCUUCUUUAUCAUGCUGUUCAGUCUGGGUCUGUCCUCCAUGUUUGGUAAUCUGGAGGGCGUCCUCACGCCCCUUCAUGACCUCAAACUGGUGCCCAAGUGGAUGCCCAAUGAGCUCUUCACAGCAUUGAUCUGCCUGGUAUCGUUCCUGGUGGCUCUGAUAUUCACUAUGGGAUCAGGGAACUACUGGUUGGAGGUCUUUAACAGUUACGUGGGCUCUGUACCUCUCCUCAUCAUCGCCUUCUUUGAAAUCAUCGCUGUGGCAUACGUCUACGGAAUAGGACGGUUCAGUGAUGACUUGGAGUUCAUGACAGGACAUAGACCCAACAUCUUUUGGAAAGCCUGCUGGUUGGUCAUCAGCCCUCUGAUGCUGUUCGUGGUGUUGGUGGCGUACGUUGCCGUCCAGGCCCAGACACAUCCCACCUACCCAGCAUGGAAUCCUGACUAUGUGAACUUCCCCGAAACAGAGGUUCUGCCGUAUCCAGACUGGGUGUUUGCCAUCUGUGUCCUGCUGUCUUCAGUACCAGUUAUCUCCAUCCCCCUGGUGGCCAUCUACAGACUCAUCUGCUGCAUGUCAGGAAGACACUCUAAAGACAGUCUCCACAACGAUYCGAAUMYUUAUGYCAACGAAGGCUACGUUGUAGAGAGUUAGACCCUAAAGACACUCUAUUUCGAUCUAUCCUCAUCUGAGCAACACUGUAAAACAACGCUGAGGUGAAAUAAUUGCCUCACAGUCCUUAUACUCAUGAAUCAAAAGGGUGUUUAUUUGUUUUUAUUUCGUAAUAAUGAAGGACGGACGAUCGGUURCACUCGAAUUAGACAGUGAUUUUUUUUUUGUCUCCAGGAGUAGUUUUUUUGUUGUCUUUUGGGUGACACAAAGAGGAUUGAAGAGCUGAGAAUCGGUGAAUGUUUGGGUUUACCAAUUUUGACCAACUAAAAAUGGAUUUGUUGGUCAAAGUAAUGAUUUUUUUGUAUUUGUUUUCUCACACAGAACAUGAAGAUUAGAGCUAAUGUAAACAGCAUAGAUCUUUCAGUGUGAAGAUAGUGUUUAUGUCAUUAUGUUUUCUACUGGAAAAAUGAAAUUACAUCUGUGAUAUCAAAUGUACUUCCUUAUUUCUUUCAUAGAACCUACCACUCCUAAACCAUAAACAUUAGAGAUAAUACAGCAAUUAGAUGGAGAAUUAACCUAGGCGUUGAAACCACAGUAUGACAGCAUGAAAAUAUACUUUUAGUUUUACUAAAGCACAAAACAUAAAUAACUUUUUAUUACA